CUUACGUCUCAAACUGAAUCGAACUGCCCACCUUUACAUUCCACUGUUUACAACUGAUUUGAGUGAUUUCCUACAUACUCUCUCUCUAGAAUCCCUUUUUCUGUUUCAUACAGGUAACAUUUUCAAAUUGGGUCUCUUCCGAGCUGAAGUGAAUUGGGUUUUUUUUCACAGAUGCAGUGAAAAAUGGAAAAGGAAGCAAAGAAGGAAGCUUUUAGGAAGUAUCUGGAGUCUAGUGGAGUUCUUGAUGCUCUGACCAAAGUUCUUGUUGCACUAUAUGAGCAGAACGACAAACCUUCUUCUGCUGUUGAGUUCGUCCAGCAAAAGUUAGGUGGUCCAACUGUGCUCGAGUAUGAAAACCUACAAACUGAAAUGUCAGAUUUGCAAAAAAAAUAUAACGAGCUUUUGGCAGCACACCGAGAAAAAUGCAAGGAGCUAGAGGAAUUUAAGAACUCGCACACCAUGGCAUCUUCCAAGGAGACUAUUGACGCGGAAGCCCCCAAAGACGAGUUAUGAAGGAGAAAUGUAUAAAGAACUACUACCAAGUUACACAAAACAAAAGCCUCCAGGCCCUUCACUGAUGAAUGGUAUUAACAUUAUGCACAUUGGAUUAACCUAGAUUUCUUUAGCGUAGAAUCCGGUAUGUACUUUGUGACGAGAGUUCUCUCGAGAAAACAUUUAUGUUCCUUCUCCCCUUUUCCACAUUUUGUUGCUUCUAUUGAAUUCAGGUGAAAUGUCUUUAUUUCUAACCCAUGUAAUAUCUCUUUCCCUCCAAUCUAUUGUUUCCAGUAUUUUUAUUGGAUAUUCCAUACUUUUUCUACGAAAGCAUUUCCUAUAGUAUACAAUGGAGAGUUUUGUCACAACAUUGCCAUA